CUGUACAAAAUAUGUUUAUCUCAACUAUAGUUUGUCUUUUUUCAAGCGGAACGUGUUAUGAUGCCAUAUUUAAUACAGUUCAAUUAACGGAUUCAAGCUUUGGUAGAUUAAUGUUUCUAGUUUUAUAAGUUAUAAACGAAAGCCGCCUCCGGCGUCGUGCGGGAUACCUUAUAUACGGGAGCAAUGUUGAAGCAGCCUGCCCUGGCACUCCAAAGUGGAGAACAUCUUACCUGGAUACCAUGAAGAGAAGGAUUGUACCAAGGCUGUAGGACUUACCAACAAUAUAUAACUGCAUUAAAACAGAUCAGAACUUUGUCCUGAUGCCACUCAUAAUGACUGGGAAGUGGCCGCGAGCGUUUGGCUUCGACAUCGCAGGUCGUGGCCCAAGUUACGUGACAGCUGUGGAGAAGGGUGGAAGUGCUGAUCGGGCGGGUUUACUUGCCGGGGACCACAUUCUGGGUGUGAAUCAGGAGGAUGUGAGGAGCACCCCUGCUGAUGUGGUCAAGACAAUUGCUCGUAAGAGUCGGCAUCAACCACCCACACUGAGCGUUGUUUCUCACUUACACCAAGUGAACAUGUCACCUGACCCUAUCAAGGGAUUCGGCUUCAGUGUCCGUGACGACCAUCCGAUCAUAAUUGGAAAGAUCGAGCCUGGUACUCCAGCAGCUAAAUCAGGACUAGCUGAAGGGGACAUAAUCCUUGGAGUAAACGGUCACCCUGUACAGAGUUUGGAUGGUUUGGGGGAAGUCCUGGAUGGACGCUCUAGACGUGUCAGCCUCUUCUUCAUUCCUGUGGGUCGUAACCUUCAGGCCAUUCCCUCUGACCUGAGGUCAGAGGUCAGAGUUCACAGAGCUAGACAGCUGUACAAAAAGCUGAAUGAGGUGCUGGGAGAUGACUAUGAGAAGAAGAUGGCAGUAGUGGGCGUAUUGAAGCAGUAUGCUGAGAACAGGAACAUUGUCAUGCUCUCUUCUGCUCUCUUGACUAUCCUCAAGUCUCCUGCUCACAGAAAACUGCUCAAAGAUUUCAGGCUAUACAUUCCACUGCGACAUCGUGCUGAAUUUGAUCGAAUUGUUCAGGAUUUUGACGUGAAGGAGCAAGCAUAUGAGAGAAAUCAAUCAUUGGCCACAAGUCCUCAGCCAUCACGAUCCAACGUCAGGAGCCCUCAACCAUCACAUCACCAUCAUACAAGCCCUCAUCCAUCACGUUACCAACAUACAAGCCCUCAGUCAUCACAUCACCAACAGCACGCCCCUACUGGAUAUGUUAGACGGACCUGUCGUCUCUCCAAAACUAGAGAGGGGUAUGGAUUUGUAUUGAAGGGAGCUAACCCUGUCCACCUGGAGUCUGUGGAUGAGGGUAAGAGUGCUGCCAAGGCAGGUCUUCAGGCAGGAGAUGUUAUUGUCACGGUCAAUAACACAGAUGUCAGAUCACGCAGUCAUCAAUCUGUCGUCCAGCUGUUAAAGAGUUGUGAAGGGGAGGUAACUGUGGAUGUGCUGAGACGAGUCGAUGAAGAUGGUACUCAGACCGACACUGACCUGUCCAGUACAUCCAGUGGCUUGAGCACCAGCUGGAUUGGUAGCUUGCAGCACACAAUAGAUGGUGAGGGGAGGACAUUCAAGCAAAGAAUGGAGUAUCUACUCACCCCCAGAGAGAGACUGGAGCUGAAGGGUGCUGUACAAGAAUACAGACAGUCCAAGGAUAUAUCCAAGUUCUGUGUAGCUGUGGACAGAGUGUUGGACACACCUUCUAAAUGCAGUCUCUGGCUCUUCCUGCGUAUACAGCUACCUCAUAGUCAUCAGGAGUACUGCUUACGCCACAGUCAGUUAGCAACAGCUCUGAAACAAGACAAACUGCAAGACCAUGGUAUGACAAAUGGCCCAUUAUCCACUAGUCGAGUGCAGACCAAUCCACUGUUAACUCAUCUGCCUGGGUCUCCUCGAUCUCAACCUGUGAUGGGGACUAAAUCUCUGAAACAACAACAACACACCACCUUAAACUCUUACAUGAACGACCUUCUUUCCGCAAGAGAAAGGUCACAACUGAAAAAAGCCUUACAGCAUUAUGAUGAAAACAGGAAAGUUCACCUGCUGUUGGAGGAUCUGGAGGAACUGUUAGACACACCUGACAAGGAGAAGUUGUGGAUCUGGAUCCUGCCUUUGCUAGAGCCAGAUCAUCAGCAGGUGCUCUCGAACAAGUACUUCCCAGACCAUAGAACAGCUCACAGUGUGUACAACCAAGAUGUCACUUUCCACGCUAGAGACGAUAAGUUUGGUGAAAAGGAAAUGUUUGGUGGUCUGUCUCAUGAUAUAUACUCCAGGUCACCUGGUGACCAUGGCAACACAGAGGACUUUCAGAUCAUUGGGGAGGCUGCAGCCAGCAUACGAACAUCUUCAUCUGAACGCAUGUCCAUAUCCUCAGAUGUGGGUGGGAAGCAAACCUCCAACUCACACAGACCAAACUACCAAAAGCAUCUUCAGCAGAACAACAGCAGAGCUACUUAUCACAUCACUGUGCCUUUUGGGAAAAUUUAUCAUGAUGAGCAGAGACCCCCUGAGUCAGAGAAAGUCCUCCCCCCUGCCCCUCAGGGGAACCACCUUGAUAAGGUAUUGAUGAAGGAGUUACAGAAGACCAGAAAAGCUGUGGCUGAAGCCAAGGCAGUCAUUCUCCAGGCCAGUUCAGAGAGGAAGCAAGCAGGACUGUCAGGGGAGCUUACUCUGCCCGGAAAAGGCAAUGAUAAACGUUACAUUACAUUUGUCCCUGUGGGAUACCCCGGAUUGGAGAAUCAGCCCUACAGAGCUGUGGAGUUGAAUUCACCAGAUUUAAACAGAAUCCGCAAAUUUGGUCCUGCCAUGUUGGAGGCUCAGUCUGACCUUAAGCCUGGGGUCAAGGUGAAGGCCGAGAGAAUGAGGACUAGCCUACACAAUGGUUACUAUGGCCGUCAGGACUCUGAGAGUAGUGAUUUGUCAGCUGAUGCAAAUGUAGAAACCUUAAAUAGCACAACUCAUAAAAUAAUGGCUACUGGAAAGUCAUCAAAUCUGCACUCAACAGGGAAAAAUUCUGUAAAUGGCAAGGCAAUGAAGGUACUUCAGCAGCUUGAUGCUGCAAUGGAAAAUGAAAUACAGGAGACUUCAGCUAAAGGGAGAUUACUAGAAGAAAUUCGUCAAGUAAAAAGUUCACCUAAACCACCAAUGGCUCCAAACAUUCCUCCACCAGCACCUCCAGUAGUGUCAAGUUCUGCAGCAACUAACUCGAUGAGUGUCAAGAGGAUUAACUGGGAAAAACUCAACAUAGACAAUAUACAGGACACUGUGUGGGGCCAAAUUGGAGACACAAACCACCUGGAUGAAGUAAUACAAUAUUUGGAACUGGAACAGCAGUUCAGCACAUCACCUGUCAGAUCAGGUCCCCCACCAGCUGAAAAAGAAAUUAAUUUAAUAUUGAGCCCCAAGAAAGCUUAUAACAUUUCCAUUUUACUGGGCCACCUGAAGCUGUCAGCCAGUGAGAUGCGACAAGCGUUGUACUCCAUGGAUGAAUCCAUUCUAACCCCUGAGCUGAUUAAGCAGCUAUUGGUGUAUGCCCCUAGCCAGCAAGAGAUGUCCAGUUACACUGCAUUGUCUCCAGAUGUCUCACAACUCACACUGCCAGAUCAAUUUGCCUAUGAAAUGAGUCAAAUACCUCAGUACCUGCACAGAUUAAAAGCCAUGUGGUUUAAAGCCAGCUUUGACGAGAAAUUGGAUGGGAUAAAAGAGGCAUUAACCUGCAUUUCCAAGGCCUCAAAGGAAUUGAGAUGGAGUAAAAACUUAGCCCAGAUAUUAGAGUUAAUAUUAGCCAUGGGAAAUCAUUUAAAUAAGGGAAAUGCAAGAGUUGGUGACGCAUCAGCCUUCAGGAUAUCAUAUCUGUCUCAGCUGGAUGUCACAAAAACGCAAGAUAACAAGCACACAUUUUUGCAUGUGUUAGCCAAUGCUUCCCUCACCAAAAUCCCUGACACACUGGGUGUGAGUAAAGAGUUGAAAACAGUCCCAAAGGCAGCUAAAGUUUCGCUCGGAAAUGUGGUCCAGGAUAUAGAGGAGCUGAAAAGAACAUCUGAGGAGAUCACCUCAGUCCUAGAGUCAUUUAACUCUCAUGGUGAAGAUGGAAGCGACAGAUUUUACGGCGUCAUGAACGGCUUCAUGAGGACAGCAAAGGGGAGGCUUGAGUCCUUGAUCCAGUUGCAGAAAAGUGCCACAGAGGAUUUCAAAACGAUGGUUCAUUAUUUCGGAGAAGAUCCAUCCACAGCAAAAACAACAGAAAUAUUUACUGUGUUUUCUGAAUUCAUUACUAAAUUUGAGACUGCUCACCAAGAGAACCUGAAUUCAAAAUUUGGAGGACAGCAUUGACCAGUGAUCAGAAACCAUUUGGGACAUUGAAAGCAGUUGGUGGAAACAAAGCUGCGGCCAUUAUUGUAGAAAUGAUGGGUCAGUCAUCCAGGUGCCCCCCUAUGUCUCUGAGAGCCAGUAACAACGUGAACAUCACACUUACGCGUUUUGUGAAAGAAGAAAUGUAAUGUUAUAGCUUUCAAGCCAAUUUUUGGCAGAAAUAUCAACCAUAUAGUGAUGCCAGUACUAAUUACAAGGUCUCCCAAUGUGGCAUGAUGCUCAUCUUCCAUCACCUCCAUCCAACAACUGUGAACAGGUUUAAACUUCUUUCAUGAGGAGUUGGAGAGGUCAUUAAAUAUUUUAAGUGGCAGCAGUCAAAGCAUUGUUACUACAUUGUUCAGCUCCAUGUAUAGCAUUAAUACAGCUACCAUUAACCUUAGAAACCAUCAUGCUUCAAAAAGUCUUCACUCAAGGUGUUAUCAGGUAUUUAUUAACGAUAAUAUAAACCCAGAUUGAUGUGCUUAUUUGACUCCUUAGACUCCUUAGAUAGAUCCAGGUACAGUACUGUUUCUGUCUUGUACAUUUAGUAGUGAAAUUUGUCAAAGGAUUGUUACAUUUUAGUGAAAUAAAAGAUAAUU